UUCUGAUGAGAAAUCACCUGAUUUUUACUCUUACAUAUUAAUAAUCGGAGUGAAGUUUUCGAUCUUAAAACUACGUAAAUACAGUUUAUUUUGUUAUUGUAUUAUACAUCCGUAAAUAUUCCACUAUUCUUGAUAUAAAAUUAUAAAAUUUAAUGUUACAGUGUUUCGCUGUUAUGAAUCGGUAUUUAUCAAUGGAACUACACGAGGGACAAUGCUAUACAGAAAAGCCAGGUGUUUUAUGUUAGCAGUUGAUCAAGGUGUUCGGUCAAAGUAAGUUUGUGCCCGGAAUCUGUCGAAGCUCUUCUUUAUUACUUAAAAAGCACCUAAACUAGUUAUUGUUAAUAGUUAAAUAUACAAAAGUGACUAAAUACAUCCAAACGAAAAUUAGAUCAUCGAAUAACUUUUAAAAAUGUCGUACGAUAAUCGUAACCGCCCUUCAAACAGUAAAGAUAUGAAUUCGUUAACCAGUACAAGGUCACAUCCCUUUAAUUAUUCGCGACAAAAGUCAUCCGCGAAAAUGCCUGCGAAACCGUUACUAUCUAAACGAGGGAAAUGGACAACUAAUAUAGCGACGAAAUAUCAACGCGAACAGAACGUUCCAUUACAAAAUGAGACACUAAGAGUGAAGAGAGUCAAGUCAAACGUUGAAUCUAUCGAAAAUAAAAGUUACCACGACGUACACAACGAGGAUCCAGUUACUAUCUUACGUAAAGAAAUACAAGAGUGGAGAAUUAACGAGCUGUUAACAUACAGAACAGAAGAAAGAUUUACCGGAACGCCAAGCGAACAACAUAGUUGCAGUUACGUUACCUCCGGCGAAACUACAAAGAGGCUAAGUCCGAACAAUGUUCCCAAGACUCCUCCGAUAAGCGCCGAUUUUCCAGCAGUAACGAAGAAACACAAUGGUUUAGAAUAUCUGGAUUUAAGCACGGAUCCCAGCGUUCGUCUGAUCGCUUCCUGUCGUUCGAGAAUGCAUUCACGAUCGCAGUGCGAUUGUUAUUGUAAAACUCGCGUGCCAAUCGCACAACAGAGGGAAGAAAUUCAUUCUGAAAGAAGUCGUAUAAGAAGUUGCCGAAGUCCCAGAACGGAAACUGUCAGAAGUGCGAAGAAAAUUCCUUUGAUUCCGGUGAGAAUUGUCGACGACGAACAGCUUGAUAGCAAAAUAUCGAGUGCAUCGCUUUCAGCAUCUCCGCUCCUUAGCCCGGAAACGUCGGCAGUUCUCGAGGACGUUGAAAAAUUGAUAAAAAAUGCGCAAAUUCAAAUGAAAGAAAUAGAUAUGACCACUAAUGAUGGUCGCCUUAAAAAAUGUCUGCCCGUAUAUUCAGAAGAGACGCCACUAAAUGAUGAAAACGAUCAAAUAUUGUAUAUUCGCGAACGCGUCGCGUAUAAAUUUCAAGUAGCAAAUGGUUGGAUCGAUAGCUAUGCGAACGUCGAAGGGAAAUUUACGAACGAAGAUCGUGUCGGGGUCAAAUCAAAAAGGUUUGUCGAUUUGUCAGCUCCGAAGUUCACGACUUCAGAAGAUCGUUACAAGGAGUUCUCGCGGGGAAAACAGUUUGAGACCGAGAAAUUGGGUCUCCCGAGGUCACUCAUUAAUAAUGAGGACGGUGAUAAAAGAGAAAACGAUGGCCAAGUAUGUACCUCCGAACAGAAACGGGAAGAAUAUAGAAAAAUCGAUACGUUCUCGGUACGAAUGUGUCCGGCAGUGAAUAUCAAAGGAAAGCUGAUCACGCAGAAUUUGGAGAAUAUCCACAUCUCACCGGACCCCUCCUUCGUCCAGGAAAGUCAAAACGUUAGAACUUACGUUGUGUCGCAUGAGUUUUCUGAGAAAAACGAGUCACCUAGGCGUAAACAGAAGUUUAUAAAAAUAUUAGAAGAUAAUAAUGACUCCGCAUCGGUGAACGAUAAAAUAAAAAGUGGGAAUUCCAAGGAUUAUGACGAUAACAGAGGUGACUCAGAUUCGGCAGAUUUGUUGCAGAAACAAACGAAUGUUUCAAAGGAAAAUAAAGAAAAGUUGAUUGAAAACAUAGACAAAAUGCAUGAAAUAAAUAAACCAGUGAAGAAUAUGGAGAAUGAGAAAGAUGUUAGUUACGAUGGCGAGAAAUUUGAGGAUAACGCUGGAAAUAGAACUCGAGAUGUUGCAACUAUUAAAGCGGAAAUGGAAGCUGGCCAAGAAGAAACGGAAGUUUCGACGAUAAAAAUAAUUUCCAAGAACGAGCAGAAGCAAGUACGAUUCGAAGAGAAAACUGUAGAAAUUCAUAUCGAAUCGCGAACUAAAGAAGAAGGUAAAGCGGACUCGGAACAGGAUCUAAGAGCAUUCGCGAGAUCUACGGAAUCAAAAAGUCAAAAGAUCACGAAGACUAAUGCCGAACUAUUUAAACUUCCUUCAUUUAUAACAGAAGUAAAAACGGACGACGAAAGUAGUAAGAUACCAUUAUUGAGCAAAGAAAUGGAAGAGAAGCGUACGAUUAAUAAAAAGGGACAGAGAGAAAUGAUUAAAAAGCAAGAAGUAGAAAAAGAUAGAAACUACAAAAUUAUGAUAGAUCAACGUUUCGCAGAUAUCGUCAAAACGUAUGGCGGCAAGAACGAUAAGUCCUCGGAAAAUGUUAGUUACACCGCGUCUUCGAGUAUCAAUUCUUCAGAACCAGAAAAUUCAGAACAGUUCGAUGAUAUUUAUAACUUAUACCAGCCUCCUAUAAAUGAAUUGGACAACGUUUUAUUCGCAUAUGAUAAAGUAAUUGGUAAUAUUGUUCGAUCAACAAAAGUGAUCGACGAGUUCUUGUCACGACCGGAAAUUGAAGAGUAUCGAAGACUACAAGACGAAGGAAAAAUGAAAACCCAACACUCUAUACCAGUGAACAAAAGAAAAGCUGAAACGAUAAAAAAAGACAAUUCACAUAAAUCGCAAGUUAAGCAGAAGAUAGAAUCACGGAUAAAAAGGCCAGUAAUUAAGAAUCGAUUAACCAGACUGGCGAAUAAAAAUAUGAAUACAGAAUGUGAAUCUAGAAAAAUGAAGCAAAUUAAAUCUACAGCGCCUAUAUUCGUAAAGAAUUCAAAGAGGAAGACCUUUUUCAAAGAUAUCAGUUCAAAAGCUAUAGACACAGACGUAGCGGGGCCGAGUUUCAAAAUGAGAGAUCGUCUAAAUACUUGGAAAAUGAUUUUAAAUGAAGAAACCACAAAAGCGAGCGAAAAUAAUGACGAUCAGAAUAGAAAACGCGAAAUUAACGAGAUCGGAAAAAUGCAUUGCUCGAAGACACAUUUUCUACAGAUGAAACAUGAUAUUUCCAGCUCAAUUUCUUCGACGAAUCCUUUAUCCUCGAGUUCGGAUACAAAAACUAUCGACGAGACGGGGAUGAUACAUGAAAUCUUGGAAUCACAAAUUAAUCAACAAAACGAAGAAAAAAUAACGGAUAUGAAGUUAAACAUUCGAGAAGAUGAUGAGAAAGAUAUAAAAAAUGAUAAUUUUCAUUAUACUAGAUCGCAGAGUGAUACAGUUGUCAAGUCGGAUGAUUUGAAUAAAAUUUUCUCGGAAGAAAAAGCCAUGGAUCAUCUAAUAACUCGUAUUCUUCAGGAAGAAACACGAUUCAUCGAAGAGAAAGUUAAGCAUAUCUUUAACGUAGACGAAAUCGCACCUGUAAUGGCCAAGAGUCUGAUAGAAGACUUGAAGAAUAACGCUCCGAGUUUCGGAAAUUUGGUACUGUUAAUUUCGGAAAAUGCACCAACGAUAAACACAGCUUCUAUUAAUAUUCAAACGGGAAUUGGAAGCAUAAAGAAGAACGAGACUGGGAGACAGAAUUUGCAACUGAGAUGUCUACCGGAGGAAGACAAUGUUAGCAUAACGGAAGCGGUUAAAUGUAGUGAUAAUGCGAUCGAAGAAAAUAUUUUAGCUAAAUCUAAUUACGAAAUUAAUAUUACUAAUCCGAUAUCCGAUAACGAAAAUCAAACUAAAAAUGAAAAUUCUAAAAGAAUAAGACCAGAUAAAACGAGAAACUCUGACGUGAUAAAGAACGAAAUCGAUGGUGCAAAAAGAGGACUUAAGAAAGAUGAAGAGAAUAUAAUUUCUAUGAAGAUCGAAAGUGGAGAACAUCAAAUCGAUGAGAAUUUACAAAAGAACAGAACGGUGCAAGAUAUAAAUAAUAAAACUUCGUCUAUGCAGAAUAAGAAAUCUGAGCUAAAAAGAAUUGAUAACAUUGAAGAAAACGUAAAUUCGAAGAGAAACGAUAACUCUAAAUCUCCUGAUAAAGUAUUGUCAUUAGCAAAUGAUCCGAGUGAAUUGAUAAAUGAGGAACCAGUAAAGUCAGAUUCGAUCGAAAACCCCGGUAAUAAUAUAUUACAGGUUUCAUCGUCUGAUUCUUUGCGCGAUUGCGUAUCUCUUCGAUCACCUUCGAAAAAUAAUACGGAAAUUUCGCAGGAAGUUAAGCGGAGCUCAGAAACAAAUAACUCGAUUGGUGGCGCAAUAACGAAUACAUUGUGUUUUGUUAACGCAAUCGAUAAAGAAAAGGUUUUAUCGGAUGUAUAUGAGGACAUGAAAAAACAAUUUCUUUCCUCUACGUGCCUCGAUGCGAAUUAUUCAAACGUGCUAAAUCAACAGUAUAGAUUUUCUAAUGUCGCAUCAACAAUAUCUACAAUAGAAUCGACUAAGGUCGGAACUUCAUCGGACACUUCUCGUUCGGAAGGAGAAUUAUAUUUUCCAAGUUCCGGCUCGUAUUCCCUCGGAGAGGUUCGAAUUUUGACAAGUAAUCAUUCAGAUGGGGAGAAUACUGAUCUUGACAAUGAAACAAAAAAAAUGCUAGCAUCUUGGAACGAGUCAUCGAAGUCUCUCGUGAAAAGCAUGGGAGAAAUUUAGGAUUACUGAUUUGCAUGGUAAGAGAAGAGGGUUACGGUUACGCUAUGUUCAUACAUAUAGAUUCACAUGCCGAGAACGAAGAUGCAACAGCGGUGUCACACGAAAUUUUUCGGAAAAACAAUAAAUAAAUAAUAAUAACUUUCACUGGAUCAUUGUAAAUAGAAUUGUAGUACUAAAUAAUUAUUUUUUUAUUUAAACUUGCAUGUUACAAUUACAAGUAUUGUGCAAACAAGCGUAGAUAAUAGAAAUGUGCUCAUCAUUGUUAUAUCGUUAACCUGUCAUCAUUUAUUAUACACAUUCAAAGAAAUAAACGAUAAUCUUAUGUAUGUA